UGCCUUUCCAAACCCGCCCUUUCCAGUCCAUUUCAAACGCUAUCAAAUACUGUUGCGACUUGUCACUUCUCAAUAGAUUCCCAAACCCAAAAGCCUCCCUCUCUCUCUCUCUCUCUCUCUCUCUCUCUCUCAACCCACAGCACACCGACCCCAACGCUCAACUCUCUCUCUCUCUCGCUCUCGUUUUCAUGGAAUUUGAAGAAGAGCAAGACCCAGUUGCCCUCUUCAUGUCUCUCGAUGAUUGGCAAGACUCCUCUUCUCAAUCCUCCACGGAAACAUACAUGGUUGGCUUCGUUAUCGCUAAUAUAGUGGGUAUCCGCUACUACUCUGGCACGAUCACUGGUCGCGAAUUGGUGGGUUUGGUCCGUGAACCACUGAAUGUUUAUGAUCAGAACGCUAUCAAAGUCCUCAAUACAAGAUCCCUUCAAGUGGGCCACAUUGAAAGGUCAGUUGCCGCUGUGCUUUCUCCACUAAUCGACUCUCACAAAAUUACUGUCGAAGGUGUUGUCGCCAAUUCGCGUAGUAGUGGUAAUAAGUUUAGGAUUCCUUGUCAAAUUCAUAUUUUUGCUAGGUUUGAGGAUAUUGAGGUCGUAAAAUCCGCCAUUUUCCGUGGUGGUUUGGUUUUGAUUUCGGAAACGGAUGCGAGUUUUGGGUUAUCAGAGGCUAUGGUGGUUAAAGAGAAGUGCAAAAAAAGUGAUUCUAAAAGUGUGGACGAAAUAUUUAAGCUAGUAGAUGACAAUGUGAAUAAGAAAGGAAAAAUUGGGACUUUGGAGCCACCCAAGGAGAUGAUUAAGUCUGAGCUCUUUGUUCACCAAAAGGAGGGAUUAUGGUGGCUUAUGAAUAGAGAGAAUUCUGGCGAAUUACCACCCUUUUGGGAGGAGAAAGAUGGGGAAUAUGUAAAUGUUUUGACCAAUUAUCAUACAGAUAAGAGGCCAGAGCCAUUGCGUGGUGGGAUUCUUGCAGAUGACAUGGGAUUGGGCAAGACUUUAACUUUGCUCUCUUUGAUUGCUUUUGAUAGAGCUGAUAAUAGUGCCACCCUUGAUAGAGACAAUAUUGGAGAAGGAACAUGUGAGUUAGAUGAGGGAUCCACUGUUUUUAGCGAUAAGAAGGGUAAGAGGCGUAGGGUGAGUGCAAAGGGGACUCGAGGACGAAAAAAGCAUAAAACGGAAGGCGCCCAUUUGGAUAUCAAUGCAAAAGGGAAGUCUGUGGGUGGAACUGAUAAGUCUUUUAGUAUUUUAGGUGCAAAGACGACUUUAAUUGUGUGCCCUCCCGCUGUAUUUUCAUCAUGGGUAACGCAGCUAGAAGAGCAUACUCAACGUGGAUCAUUCAAGGUAUACAUGUAUUAUGGUGAAAGGACUAGAGAAGCUGAGGAGCUUAAGAAGCAAGAUAUAGUGUUGACAACAUAUAGUACUUUGGCUAGUGAAGGCUCUUGGGAAGACUCCCCUGUGAAGAUGAUUGAGUGGUGGAGAGUCAUUUUGGAUGAGGCACAUGUCAUUAAGAAUGCAAAUGCACAACAAAGUCGAGCAGUUACUAAUUUGAAGGCUAAGCGGAGAUGGGUUGUUACAGGAACACCCAUACAGAAUGGAUCCUUUGAUUUGUUUUCCUUGAUGGCAUUUUUGCGGUUUGAGCCAUUUUCCAUCAAGAACUAUUGGCAAAGCCUGGUUCAACGGCCCCUUGCUCAGGGGGAUAAGAAGGGGCUCUCGCGACUGCAGGUUUUAAUGGCAACAAUAUCUUUGCGGAGAACAAAGGACAAGGGUUUGGUUGGAUUGCCGUCUAAAACUGUAGAGACACACUACAUUGAACUUUCUGGUGAAGAACGUGAAUUGUAUGACCAGAUGGAAGGGGAAGCCAAGGGUGUUAUCCAAGGUUUUAUUAAUGCUGGUAGUCUAACGACCAACUAUUCAACUAUACUUUGCAUCAUUUUACGACUUCGGCAGAUAUGUAAUAAUCUGGCAUUGUGCCCUUCAGAUCUGAGGUCGCUACUCCCUUCUAAAUGCAUUGAAGCAGAUGUAUCCAAUAACACUGAGUUGCUUGAAAAAGUGGUUGCUGUGCUACAAGAUGGUGAAGAUUUUGACUGCCCAAUCUGCAUUUGUCCACCAACUGAUACUGUAAUUACACGCUGUGCUCACAUAUUUUGCCGACCCUGCAUUCUGAAAACCCUGCAGCGUAUGAAGCCCUGCUGUCCACUUUGUCGCCGUUCUCUGACAAUGUCUGACCUGUUCUCAGCCCCUCCUGAAUCUUCUCACACUGAAAUUUCUUCUUCAAGGUCAACUGACUCUUCCAAGGUCUCUACCCUCAUAAGACUCCUCAUAGCUGUGAGAAUUAAAGAUCCAACUGCAAAGUCGGUUGUUUUUUCUCAAUUCCAGAAGAUGUUGGUAUUACUUGAGGAGCCACUAAAAGCAGCAGGAUUCAAGAUCUUGCGUUUAGAUGGAUCAAUGAAUGCAAAAAAGAGGGCUCAAGUAAUAAAAGAAUUUGGAGUGCCGGGACCUGGUGGACCCAACGUUCUGCUUGCAAGUCUCAAGGCUUCAGGAGCUGGUAUAAACCUUGCAGCCGCUUCUAAAGUGUAUUUGUUGGAGCCAUGGUGGAACCCAGCAGUUGAGGAACAGGCUAUGGACCGUGUCCACAGAAUUGGACAGAAGGAGGAGGUAACGAUUGUAAGGUUGAUUGCUCGAAACAGCAUUGAGGAAAGGAUAUUAGAGAUGCAGGAAAGGAAGAAGAAGCUGGCAAAGGAAGCUUUUGGAAGGCGGGGGGCAAAAGCGCAUGAGGUUAGAGUAGAUGAUCUUCGUGCACUCAUGUCCUUGUGAGUUCUUAUUGUUAUUUUGUUUUACGUGUAUGGGUUGCACUCUACAUCUUACCAUACAAGUAUAUGUAUGUUACUUACUGGUUCUAUGAAACUUUAAUGUCUAUA